UGUCCGACCGGUACUACAAUCAUUAAUAAGAGUCUUAGGUGCAAUGGUCAUCCAGAUUGCGAUAGAGGAGAAGAUGAAAUGAAUUGUGGUAUGUUUUGUGCCCCUGGUGAGGUAGCAUGCCAACUGGGAAGUGGAUGUUACAGCAAUGCCAAAAGAUGCAAUGGAGUACAAGACUGCCUGGACAGAUCAGAUGAGGUCAAUUGCUCUUACCAGUGCAACCCGGUUACGAGUUUCCAAUGCAAGUACAAGUACGCAUGCGUGGAACUUUCGAAGAAAUGCGAUGGCAGUUCGGACUGUCCGGAUGGAUCAGACGAGAUUAACUGC